UCCCCCAUCCCCUCCUAUAGCUGGAGCCAUGCAGUCCUUCAGCAGAGAGAGGAGCGGUUUCCACGGCAACCAGCCCUGCUACCAGCAGGAGCACCAUGAAUUAUCACGCCUGGAGAGCUACCGACAGCACCCCCACCAUGGACAGACCAGACAGGUCUACGAGGCACACGCCUUGGCCACCGCUACAGGGAUGCCCCCAGCGGGACCAGGGCCCGGACCUGGAUCUGGAAGUGGACCCAUUCCUGGACCUAAGGACUGUUACAGCCAGCAGGUAUACCCUGGAUACCCCCAAGGCAAUGGAGGUGGUGUGGGUGGUGGAGGAGGUUCGACGCCUCAUGAUAAGAAGGCUUACAGUGGGGGGAGCCAAGUGCCUCCUCCCCCUCCCCAGCAUAUGCAGGCGGGGGGCUACAGCAAUCACAUGGGCCCGGGGGGAUACCCGGCCCAGUAUAUGAGCGAGGGCCACCUCCAGCAGUCUAAGUGGGACGACCCAGCUCAGCUAGCUCAGUACGAGCAGGAGAUGGUAGGCAGGAUGGAGCCGGGUCCCCCUGGGUCAUCCCAGUAUCUGGACCAGAACAUGCUGGCUCACUCCCAGAGCCAGUGUCACCAGCCCCACCAGGCCUCUGCUCCAGUCUACACCAGCCCACACCACCAACCCCAUCCCCCAAACCCAGGCCAGUCCCCAUUGAUGUACCCCCAGAGCCACCUCCACUACCCCCAGCACCCCCCAUCCCCCUCGCCCUCCUCCUCCUCCUACAUGGAGAAGUGCAGCCCCAUGCCCCACUGCUACAAGGGAUAUAGUAUGCCACCCAGCUCCCAGUACGCUAGGCAGAUGGGCAGCCACAGCAGUCUGAAGCAGGGGGGAUACCGACCGCCACCCCAGAACAGUUACAGCUACCAACAGACUCCCUCCAGGGGUGGCUACGAGUCCCAGCCCCCACUACAAGGUAUGCCCACUUCCCAGGAGGCCCACCCUAAAUACCAACAUUUCAGCCAGUCCCAGCAGAACUACUGUCUGUCCGAGCUGUCCGUCAGAUCCCCUGAGCAGUACUACCAGACAUGUAGUCCCGCCUCCAGCCACUCCCCUGCACGCUCCGUGGGACGCUCACCCUCCUACAGCUCCACCCCUUCCCCUCUGAUGACCAAUCCAGAGAGCUUCCAGUACAGCCAGCCACCAAUGACCCCAGGGGCGGCUUCUUCUUCCUCCUCUUCCUCAGUGGGUCUGCAGGACCAGGGCUUGCUGAUGCCGCCGCGCUCCCACCCGUCCCCGUCCCCCAACGUGGCCCACCCAACCCCGCAGCACAGCUACACGCAGGGGGUCUCCAUGAAGGAGCGCUUCUCUGAGAAGCUGCUUGCCAAUCCCAGCCUGUGGAGCCUGAAUGCCCUCACCUCUCAGGUGGAGAACAUCUCCAACAACGUGCAGCAGCUGUUGCUAUCCGAGGCCAUGGUCGCCAACAAAAAGGGGGGCAAGCGCAACAGCAGCAAUAGCACUGGGAGCAGUGGAGGCGGCUCCUCCAAGAAGGAAGAGGAGUACAAGGGAGUGCCAGGAGGCCCCGAGGGUCAGCACGGUGGGGGCCCCGUGCAGGACCCCUACAGCACCAACCAGCACCAGCUCGUCCCCAUGGAGAUGCAGGAGGGGGGAUACUCCAGUAGUUCUGACGAGCAGCUGGAGAGGGGGUACUACUACUGUGGCCAGGGCAGGAGCCCAGCUCAGGCCCCCAACAACACACACCUGGGCCUGGACACGGCCUCAUCCUGCUCCAUGACCUCUCCGGACGACAUGUCCACCCGGUCUGGUGACUCUGUGUCCGGCCUGCAGAGCGUGGCUUCCAGGGACAACCUGACCCCUGACCCCAGGUCACAGGGUGGUCACGACCCCCCACAAACCCCCAUGAAGAGCGUGGGGGAUGAGAGGUCCCCCGUGAGUGUGACGGUCCCCAGCCCCAUGAAGCAGGAGAGCCAGUCCCCUCCAGAUAUCCAACGUCUCGGCGUGCCACUGAAGGAGAACUUUGAGGAGUUGGCCUGGACGGAGAAAAUGGCAGACUACGAGGAAGAUGGCAUGAAAAAGACUCCCGACAGCGAGCGUGACUGCAGAGGCAGCGAUGAUGUCACAGACACCUCCGAGAAGCAGGAGAAAUGGCCGGAGGACGAGAAAGGCCCAGCUCUGUAUAGCAAGAUCAACAAAGCAGUUACCAAGGGAAAGAGCUACUGCUGCGACGAGAACAUGUACCAUGAGAUACAAAACAAAUAUGACCGAGGCAAAGGGGACUCGGCGGAUAAGUCCCCAAGCCUCUCAGACUCCAGCCACAAGGGAGACCUGGGCCAGGAGAUGAAAUCGGAGGCCUUCAAAUCCGAAUCUCCCACCGACUCUGAGAGCUCAGUGAAGACAUCACCCUUUAUUUCCAGGGGUGACCUUGACCAAGAUCAAUAUUUAACAGAGAAGGAAGACAGCUCGGAGAACAUAUCCCCUACCCCCCGGGGCGAGGCUUUGGACGAGAGGCUCUCGGCCUCAGAGAAGAGAGAGAGCAGAGAAGAAGAAGAGGAGGAGGAGGAUGAGGAGGGAGAGGAGGAGAGGCAGCAGGACUCUAUAUCUCCUCCUCUGUCUGCUGAGGAGAGAGAGGGAGAAGAGAGUGAGAGCCUGCCAUCGACUGAGGAGGUCCUCAACAAUAGUACGAGCCCACAGAAGGAGCAUUCUGUAGAGCUGUGCAGCAGAACAGAAGGCCAGAGCCUGGCUGAGCCUCAGCCUUACCGUAACACAGAGCCUGCAGAGACAGAAACCCAAGCAGCACAACCAGACCCAACAGCAGCAGCAGCAGAAUCCCCAGAAAUGGGGUCAGCCAUUUGUGACACUCCACCCCAGUCUCACUCGGCCAUGAUGGUUUUCUCAGCUCUCAGUGAGAUAGCAACACCUCCAGCUCCGGCUCACACCAGGGACCAUAUCGAUCGCAGCGAUUCCAACGUGCUGGAGCCUGACUCCCCUCAGCUGCCAGGGAAGUCGAUACUGCACUCAGCUCCCUCCUGGGCCAACACCCCACCCUCGCCAAAGAAAGGUGAUGAGGACAUGGAGCCGGGCAUCAGCUGCCCAAGCGCUGUGACCCCCUCAGCCAACCCGGAACCCGUGGCCCCAUCUGCACACCCGCAGGCUUUCGGCCGGAAGCACGGCCGAGGCAGGAGGAGACUGAUGCACUCAGGUGUGGAAUUCAGGAGACAGCUGAGUGUGGAGAGAGAGGGGGAGAGUGCCUCUUCACCCCCCCAGAAACCCUGCAUGCCCUCCAGCAAGAGUCCUCUGUUCUCCGAUCAGAUAGACAUGGCCGCUCACCAGGACAUAAUCAUGACGAGCGAGACACCCAAACUGCUGGUUGAGGGCUCCCGCUCCAGAAUGUGCACUCGCUCGUUCAACACGCAGGACACAACCCCUAAGGAUCCCCAGCCCCCUGAGAGACGGAAACCAGGGCGGAAACCAGGUUCGAAACCAGGCCCAAAACCGGGCCCGAAGUCAGGGUUAAAACCAGGGCCUAAACCAGGACUAAAACCAGGACCAAAACCAGGUCCAAAACCGAGUCUAAAACCAGGACCAAAACUAGGUAUGAAGCCCGGUUCGAAGCCCGGCCCAAAACCAGGUUUAAAACCGGGGCCUAAACCAGGCCCAAAACCAGGUCUGAAACCAGGGCCUAAACCAGGUCCAAAACCAGGACCAAAACCAGGUCCAAAACCAACUGAAGGAGCACCCCGGGGUCGUCCCAGGGGCACAGGCUCUAAGUUGAAGUUGGCACAACAGGAAGGUCCCAUUCAACCCAUCACAGGGGGUCCAGGAAGAGGCCAGAAGAGCUUGAGCAUCAACAGUCAGCAAGGUGAUGGGAACCAGGAAGUGAAAGCUCCAGGCAAGGAUGGAAAGAACAUGGUCCUGAGAUCCAGAAAGCCCCCCCAGGAUAAGCUUCCAAAGGAGAAAGAGAAGGAGCAAUCUGAGGGAAUCCUAACUCAAACCCUGACAGGUAUAACAAAGCCCAAUGCAGUGUUAGAAAAUGAGGAACGUACGAGCAUAGAGCAAGCCCUCCCUGUCUUUCCUAACCAGACAGACACCAGUGUAACAGACACCAGUGUAACAGACACCAGUAAAACCGACACCAGUGUAACAGACAUCAGUAAAAUAGACACCAGUGUGACAGACACCAGUGUAAAAGACACCAGUGUAACAGACACCAGUAAAAUAGACACCAGUGUAAUAGACACCAGUAAAAUAGACACCAGUGUAACAGACACCAGUGUAACAGACACCAGUGUAACAGACACCAGUGUAACCGACACCAGUAAAACAGACACCAGUGUAACAGACACCAGUGUAACAGACACCAGUGUAACAGACACCAGUGUAACCGACACCAGUAAAACAGACACCAGUGUAACAGACACCAGUGUAACCGACACCAGUAAAACAGACACCAGUAUACCUGUCGCUCCACCUGAGAAACCUAAAGAACCGACUGUAGCUGUACCUCCUGUAACUGCACCUGUACCUCCACUCAAAAGAAAACCCAGUCCUCUGCCUCUAGAACCUCCGGUGAAGAAAAAGCGAGGUCCAAAACCAAAACCAAAACCACAACCACAACAGCCACAGCCUGAAACUCCCCAGUCUGACCAGUCCAACCAGUCCAACCAGUCCAACCAGUCCAACCAGGCCAACCAGUCCAACCAGCCUCCAUUAGUCAAAUCCAAGGAGAUGGGUGUCCGAGGCCCCAAGAGGAGGCUAAAGCGAGGCAGACACCUCAAGGCCUCUCUGAUCACUGUGCUGACCAAAGAUAACCCUCCUCCCACGAUGACUGACUGUGAUGUGGUUAGUGAAAUGCCCAGUGUCCCUUCUCAGUGUCCCACUAAAACCAAGUACCUCCCCCCGCGCAAAGGCAGGGGUCUGAAAUACGAGGCGAUGGUUCAGAAAAUAAACAUGGGCACUGGUUCGAAGAAACACCUGCCAACACCACAGCCCGAGAGCACAGAGGCAAUAGUGGAGGAAGUGACGUCAAAGCCUGUGUCGCUGGCCAUCUCGGAGGAGAGCGAGGCCCCAGUGGCGGUGGUGAGCGCCCCUGAGGUGACACGGGAGGAGGUAGCAGGGGAUGAGUGGAACUCCACGGGGGUCCAGAACACAGAACAGGAGGGAGGGGUGCAGCAGAACACCGGGGAGGGGGUGCAGCCGGAGUCACUCCCAGCGGGGGUGCCAGACGCUGCAGCGGCGAGCGAUGCCAACAAACCCACCAGGACCAAGAGGAGGAAAUGGGCCAUGGUGGAGAGCACGGACGCCACGGUGGUCGCCAUGGAGACGGGAAGCCUGAUCAUCAACACGCCGCGGCUGGCCAAGCAGAGGGCCAUCAAGAACAACCACGAGAUGCACCUGAAACAGAGGAGGAAGAGGAAAGGAGGACAGCCUCCCUCAGAGGGGCCUGUGGCUGACGAGAAGGUAGGGGCAACAACAGGAGAACAACAGACAGAGACACAGACACCCACUGACACAACAUUAACAACAAUGCCCGAUCUACCAGCCGGCCCAGGUGAGAUCACAGACAGCCCGCAGGUGAUCGCCACAGAAAUGAUCCAGCCGCCUCCCUCCAAACGAGGGAGGAAGCCCUCUUCAUCCUGGUCCAAAAAGAGAGGGAGAGGCAGAGCCCCAGGUGAACAGCAGAGCAGCAAACCUCUGAAGGUGCACAAAAAACCUGGUCCUAAAAAGGGAAUCAAAGACGCCAUUGAAGUGAUUGAAGCAGUGGUGAAGGCUGCAGGGAGGGAGGCCAGACUCAAGAAAAAGACAUCGAAAAAGGAGAGCCCUGCGGUGUCGGAGGAAAAGCAGCCGGAGCCCUCUCUCAAACAGGUACUGAGCAAAACCCCCAAAAGCGGAAUCAAACAUUCCUUCUGUCCAUAUGUGCGUAUCGACAGCUCCAGAGACUUCGCCUCUCUCUGUACCAUCGUAAACAGGCGCAAUGAAGAGCUGAAGAUGGUGUUUCAGAAGCCCCGGAAAAAGAGCCCGGACAAAAUUAAAAACCCAGUCACGGUUGCCAAGGCGAUACCCAGCUCCUCAGCUUUGCUCCAGGGGCCCUUGGUUAACAAAAACUUAAUUGACAGGUGUCUAACGUGUUGCCUGUGUGGAAAGCCGGCAAAUUACCGUGAGCUGGGGGAUUUGUGUGGGCCCUACUACCCAGAGGAUAGCAUCCCGCGCAAAAUCCUGUCAGCAAGACAUAUAGAACCCCCGAGGGAAAACCAAGAGAAAACAACAAGCUCCAACAGUAGCAUCGAGGAACCAAGCAGCAGCACCCCAAAAAGCGAAGGAGACCCCAGCUCCGAAAAGGAAGGCAUUAAAAAGGGGGAUAUGGAGACAGUCACAAAGGAGGGCAGUAGUAGUACUAGUGGUGGGGGUCACCAUCAUCAGCCCCACCCCCACCACUGGCGCCCCAGGAGGGCAGAGAGGGCACCUGCGGAGGGCGGAAGCACGCACCGGCCCACCCUACGGGAUAGGUUCAGGAGGAUGCAGCAGCUCCAGGAGGAGAGGAGGGCUGCGGAGGCCACAGCUAGUGGUCAGGAGGGGGGCAGUGGAGGAGGAGGCCUGCUCCAGAGAUUGCAGGGGGAGGCUGAGGCUAAGGAACACUGGGCCCAUGAGAACUGUGCUAUCUGGACCAAUGGGGUCAUCAUGGUGGCCGGGAGGCUGUACGGCCUGACAGAGGCUGUUCACACUUCCACAGAAACGAGCUGCUCCAAGUGCCAGAGAGUGGGUGCGUCCAUCAGCUGCUGCUGGAAAGGCUGCCCUCACAAAUACCACUACAUCUGCGCCAAGGAGAUAGGCUGCAUGUUCCAAGAGGACAACUUUUCACUGAAAUGUCCGAAACACGAGGCUUUGUAAAAUAGACCACCACCCAGCCCCAGUGAGCAUCACCUAUGCAGUACGACAGAGAGACAGAUAGGACAUCCCUCCACCCAAACCUGAUGAUGAUGAGUCAUGAUGAAACGUCAUGAUGGACAGACUCAUUGGCCAAUGGGGACAGCUGGGAAUCCUCUGAGGCACCACCGAUGGCAGCAAUACAGACACUAGACAGCAGGUCCCUCAGAGCAACCCCCGUAACCCCCGGCAACAGCACUGCUUUAUCUCAGCCACCCCUGAUAACCAGACAGACAGAGAGACAGAGAAAAAGAGAGACAGACAGACAGACAGACAGACAGACAGACAGACAGACAGACAGACAGACAGACAGGGAGACAGACAGGGAGACAGACAGACAGGGAGACAGACUGCAGUGUCUGUCUGACAGACAGUCUCCUUCACGGACAGACGGACUGCAGUGUUUUGAGAGACUCUUUCACAGCCCUGUCUGUCUGUGUCUGGCGUCUAGACACCUGGCAGACAUGGUUACUUAGAGACCACCCCUCCAGAGAGAGUGGGGGGAGAGAGGGGGAGAGACAGGGAGCUGUUUUAAAUUCACAGUGCACUGUUCUGCCUCUGGAACGGUCGCUAUCAUUUUUGGACACCUGGUGGAUUGCGAUUGGCCAGACUAGGCCCCCCCUGGCUUUGCUGUCCAAGUUCCAGGUUGCGGUGUGUGUGUGUGACAUCGACUCCGUGUGUGUGCUUGUGCAAGGAAGCGAACGAGCGUGUUCCGAUUCAAGAUGUCAUGCGUCAAAAGAAGCCGCCCCUCCCCUGGAUGUAUCUCAAUGUGCGCUUAAGUGUUAUAAAAAUUGUACAUUGCGUGCUUUAACAGAUUCUAAAUAUGAUUCUGAUAUUGACAGAAAGAAAAAAUAACGGUAUUUUAAUAUAACACUCUUCUUCUUCUUCCGAUAUGUAUUUUGAUGUGCAUAUUACGGCUAUACAACACCAUUGAGUCAGCGUUAGUAUCUGUCCCGCUUUGUGUUCAAUUAAACAUUUUUAUAAAAAUAAAGGUUCCAAUAUUCACACUAGCAUACUACUUAGAAUGCAUGCCUUAUACAUUGCUUCAUUCUAAGUGUGUAGCAUGCUAAUUUGGAUAUUGGGGCGAAGUCCAAACUCUGGGGGUCACCCAGUCGAAGUUCAGCCGUGUGCAUAUACAACAUGAUGUACAGUAGACGCCACAUCAUCACCAUAAAGGUUAAAGGUAAGGGCUUAGGGCCCGGCCGGGAUCAUCUCACGGGUCAUGUCAUCUCACCACAGUUCUUCAUCAAUAUCGCUGUCCAUCAUCUCCACCACCAAAGGCUGCUGUCUCCAUAAAAAUGACAAGGAUACGACUCCAAUGGAUUCUUAGUCCUACACGGCUUGAGUUCUCAGCACCAUAGAGCUGAAACAACCGUACAGAGACUGAGGAUGUCCUAAUAUGGACACCGAACGGUAAUCACAGUCCUCCCCAUUAAAUGGGGAAUCGUGACUGUUGUACGAUGUCCAUAUUCGGACAGUUUUCGUUUUCUGACUCCACAUCAAGUGUGUGUCUCUCUCAUUCCUUUCUCUGUAUGUGGCACUCACAGUAACAAAGCCUCUUCCCAUUACUGCAGCAUUCUCACACACACACAGACAGCCUCUUAAGGGUGUAGUGUACUGUACUUCAGUACUACUUUAGUGUGUAGUGUACAGUACUUCAGUACUUCAUAUCAGUGGACACAUACAGUAUUAGGGCGUACAGUACAAACAAGAGCAAAACAUCACACCACAUACCUCUUCUUCUUAUGAUUCUUGAUUAUGAUGCUCUCAUUAUUUAAUGGUGUAUAUAAGUAUUUGACGCUGUUUAAAUGUAAGAUGUGAUGUACUAAUAUAAUUGUGUAUAGUAUUUCCUAGAGAUGUUUAUUUUCUAUAAAAUUAAUAUGUUAUUGCUUAUAAAAAUGUUAUUAAAAGAAUCCAUUUUAAAAAAAUUAGACUUUUGGGAAUGUCACUCGUUCUAAGUUGAGCAUGCAGUUAAUUUUUAUUUUUCAUGUUUUCAUUGUUUGAAUCGAUGACACUACAGCAUCAAUUUGUGUGAAAUGUUUUUGUAACGCCAAUGUCAAAUAUACCAGCACCUUUCAAUGCUGCCCAGACCAAG